ACCAGCACGCGGGCCCCCGUACCGUAAUCCAAACCACCACCGGCACGGCAGCAGUACACGCUCUCGUCUCCCUCUCGCUCGCCCCCAAUACGAACUCUCGCCGCACCGGCGACCGCGACUAGGCCCGGCUGCGGCGGCGGAGGCGACAUGGAGGAGGAGAGGGCGGUGCCGCCGCCGGCCCCGCGGGUGGUGGGGGAGUACGAGCUCGGGGAGAUGGUGGGGAAGGGGACGUUCGCGGAGGUGUUCCGCGCGGUGCACGCCCCCACCGGCGCGCGCGUCGCCGUCAAGGAGAUCGACCGCCGCCGCGUCGACGACCACGUCCGCCGCGGCAUCCUCCAGGAGAUGAGCAUCCUCGGCAGCCUCUCCCACCCCAACAUCCUCCGCCUCAUCAACACCAUCGAGACGGGGGAGAAGCUGUUCCUGGUGCUGGAGUACUGCGACGGGGGCGACCUCGAGGCCUACAGGCAGACGCACGGCGGGCCGCGCAACCGGCUGCCGGAGGCCACCGCCAGGGACUUCACCCGGCAGCUCGCCGAGGGGCUCAAGGUGCUGAGGGGCGAGAGGAUCGUGCACCGGGACCUCAAACCCCAGAACCUUCUGCUAUCAGCCGAUGGGGAUGCCAUUACAUUGAAAAUUGGCGAUUUUGGGUUUGCCAGAUCUCUGAUGCAUGAAAAUUUGGCUGCCACUUUUUGUGGCUCUCCAUAUUAUAUGGCCCCAGAAAUCUGGCGAGGGGAUAAAUAUGACGCGAAGGCAGAUUUAUGGAGUGUUGGAGUCAUUCUUUUCCAGCUAGUAACAGGGGAGCUACCAUUUCUUGGGGAGAAUAGAGUGGAGCUGCGCGAAAAAGUAUUGUCAUCUAGUGGCCUCAGUUUCCCUCCAGAUAUGGAGGCUGAUUUACAUCCUGAGUUUAUUGACCUGUGCAGAAGACUCAUAUGCCUUGAUCCAGCGGAGAGAAUGCCUUUUGAGGAAUUCUUUAAUCACAACUUUUUGGCAACAGCAAGGAACAGUGAAAUCAUGGAUGAGUCCCAUCAUGCUCUUGAUUUAAGGGAUACAUGCCAGACUGUCUCUUCUGCUGUCGUCAAAGUAAAGUCUGAAAGUGUAGAUUCAAAAGUAUUUGAUUCAUGGGAGUGGAUUGAACGAGAAUAUGUACUAGUUCAUGCGAACACUACUUCCAUGGAGUUGCUGUCUUCACUCGAGAAACCAAUGAAGGAUGUCACAGGUGCAAGACCCCGCUGUGAUGAUAUAUCCACUAUCAGUGGGCCUGUGCAGAGUCAAAACAGAGACUCACUCUAUAGAGUGAAAUCCCAUGGAUGUACUCCACUGUCCGCUUCCCGUGAGUCAACUACUAUGGAAAAUCUGCGAGGGAGGCCACUUGAUUGUUAUACAAGGCUUCACCUACUGAAUCAGUAUAUUGUCAUUCUCACAGAACUUGCUCAGGAGAAGCUUUUUAAAGGGCUGGACCUGGAGGCACUAUCACUUGAACUUGUGAUACUUGCUAUCUGGAAAGAGGCGCUUAAUGCAUGUAGCUUAUUGCCGGAUGCUUUAGAUGAUGGAAGUUUUUCGACAUUUGCACACGAGAAUUACUUUCCUAAGAGUGAUCAGCGUCUAUCCCAGAAUGUAGCGCAUGGAUUGGAUUUCACUAGGCUGGCUUCUGUUCGUUACUGGGUUGAAAGUGGGUUCAUCAAGGCAUAUGACCGUGCUGAGAAGAUAUCACAUAGGUUGCGGGAGAACAAUGAUAACACUGAGAUGCCAGACGCAAUGGAGAUCAUAUUCCAAACUGCUUUAGUAUAUGGGAAAAGUGGUGCUACGAAGGAACUUUUGGGAUGCCAAAGCAGAUCAAUAGCGCUAUACUCAAAAGCAAUCAUCCUACUCACAUUUAUAUUGCAGGAAGCAACUGCGUUGCCACUGAAUCCACUCUUCUCGCUUUCACCAUUCAACCAGCAGCGUAUCCAUAGGUACAUAGCUAAUUUGAGGAGUCAUCUCUGCAGUGCUCAGUUGAGCGGGCAACAGCAGAGGUCCAUCAAGAACUAACUUUUCUCAUGGGAUCAUCAUUUCACGAGAUUCGAAUGAUAAGAUUAUUUUGCAUGGAAGUCGGCAUUAGUCCUUCCCUCCACCCUUUUUGUCCAGGAGGUGUCAAAUGCGUUGAAGAACUUUCGCUGGCGUGAGAUUAUGAUGUUAUAUUUGCAGAACACAUUGGUCCACGUGCUCUUUCUUUGUAUAUAUACGGUUCUAGGCUGUACAGUUAUUUUCUGUCACGUUGCAAGGACCUUUCGGAAUUGUAUAUAAAUGUAACAUGUGGAACUUGUAGAUUGAAAAUGGAUUCCAAAUCCUGCCUUUCUGCUAGCUGAGUACUUUUUUUUCUGCCCUUC